UUUUUAAUUACCGGUGCAGUUGCAGCUUCUCCGCAGUAGGUGUCAGAAUCUAUUGCCGGAAGUGAAACCUCUGUUUGCUUACAAACCGGCUGUAUGCAUUUUAAAGACCAUUAAAGAGGCUACAUCGCCACAAGAUAUCCAUAGCUAAGAAACCCUGCUAUCCGUAGGGAGUUUAUAUUACCGAAUAACGGCACCGAGUUAAAGUGCAUUUGAAUGUACCAUGAAGCCGCAGCUGACCGGUACAAAAAGGCGCCCCAAAGCAGCUGGACCUGAGGCUGAUCUGGCUCUGCAAGAUGAACUUAUUGCAGCGAUACACGGAGCAUUUGAAGUGGCUGUGGAGAUCGCAGUUCGUGAGGUGACAAAGCUUGUAGGUCGGGCGACAGGAGACGUCUACGAAGAGAUGCGACAAGAGAACGAGUCCCUCAAACACAGACUGCAGAGAGCCGAAGCUAUGCUGGACUCUGCGCGCAUGGAGGAAAGAUGUGGCAGCUUUCCUAAAACAAAGCAACUCCAGAAUGCCAACAAACCUACAGAUCAACAGCCUCACCUAAAAUACAAUCACUGCCCAAAUCCCAAAGUAGGCAGUUGCAUGGGGAUCAGAGGUGACUCUCCUCCUGCAGGUCCCAGCCGUGCACACCAGCCUUCUGACCCCCAGCAUGAGGAGCAGGGAUCAGUUCAGCAUCUCAGUGAUGCUGCUUCAGAGAAACAAGAUGACGGGUAUGCUGUUGCUUGUGAUGCUCUGACCAAAGAAGCCGUCGAAGAGAUCUCCCGUGAAGUGGUGAGGAUGGAAAGCAUUAACCCACCAUGUCUAGACCUGGCAGCUCAACACCACAGCUCUUCACCACUUCCCAGCGGGGACGACAAGUCCACCUUUGAGCAUGUUAUGAUAAAGCAGGAGAAGCCAGAAGAGGAGGGAGGUGAUUCAGCAUGCUGUUUAGACUCUCUCAAAAUGGAGGAUUUUAGCAUGGAGGAUUUUAGCCCGGAGUGUAUGUCAACGGUCCAGUCCAAAAUGCUGGAGGAGUGGAAACCAGAAGUGCUGGAUAUUCAGAGCCAAGACUCAAAUGCUCCUCUGUCCUGCAGCAAGCUGGCUCAGGAAUUCCCAAACAUCUUCCAGUUGGCAGAACCAGCUCCCGUCCCAGAAGCCUCUCCACAGGUCUAUGGAGUCCGUGUACGGACCAGCCGCAAUCUCGGCCACACCAACCUCUACGCCUGCAAGUCCUGUGGCCAGACAUUCCCUCUGCCCAGCUUGCUGCGGCGGCACUUUGGCCAGUGCCAGCAGAAGCUCCAGCAGUGUCUUCAGCAGCCCUUAGAUGGAAGCAAGAGGAGUAGAGUGCAGCUGUACCCGCCAGGCUGCAGCCCCUUCCGCUGCACAGAGUGCAACCGAGAGUUCAACCGCAUGGAAAACCUCAAGACUCACCUUCGCAUCCACACGGGAGAAAGGCCGUACACCUGCUCAGUGUGCUCAAAGUGUUUCCGUCACUCUGGGGCGCUAACCAGGCACUUCCGCAUCCACACCGGAGAGAAGCCAUACAUCUGCGGACAGUGUGGGAAGUCAUUCAGGAACUGUGGCGGGCUUAAAUUCCACCAGCGUUCACACGGCAAACAGUAAUUACACUUUUUAUGUAGGAUAAAACCAGCUGAUAUUUAAUGUUUGAAUGCAUGUCUAUGUAAAAUUGGAGGACUCACUGGCUAAUAUCAGAUUUUAAAUAUCAAUAGCUCACCUAUUUUGCUCUAAUCUUAAAUGAUAUGUAAUAGGUGACCGUUUUGUAGCAGGGACUCUCUUGUCUAAGCCGUUUCACCUAACAGGUCUUUAAGAUCACAGGUAUUAAUCUCAACCACAAAGAAGCAUCUCAACAAGUUAUAGGAACUGUAAAGUGCAUCAUAUUGAGGUAAAACCAUGAAUGAUUUUGCUACUGAAACAAAUACAAUUUGUCUGAGUGAUGUUCUAUAAAUCGUUGUCCUCAUCACUAGAAACUGACAAAGUAGAAAUGCAAAAUAUAGAAAUGGUAGCUAUGUGAUCGGCCACUACUGUAUACAAUGGCUCGGUAGCACAUAUGAAAUGUAUGGAA